UAAUCGCAAAACAAAGAAUAAAAAAAACACGUAUUAACAACUAUCUGAAACUAUUACAAAAAUGUCUUCUGGAGGAAAAGGAGGAAAAGCAGCAGCUAACAAAUCUGGGCAAUCUCGAUCAUCAAAAGCAGGACUUACAUUUCCUGUUGGUCGCGUGCACAGAUUAUUGAGAAAGGGUAACUAUGCGCAAAGAGUUGGAGCGGGUGCACCUGUAUAUCUUGCAGCUGUUCUAGAGUAUCUUGCAGCUGAGAUUCUUGAAUUAGCAGGAAAUGCUGCACGAGAUAACAAAAAAACUCGUAUUAUUCCUCGUCAUUUACAGCUUGCUAUUAGAAAUGAUGAAGAAUUGAAUAAAUUGCUUGGACAUGUUACUAUUGCUCAGGGCGGGGUUUUACCGAAUAUUCAUUCUAAUCUACUUCCUGCUAAAUCUAAAAAAAUGGCGUCUCAAGAGCUUUAAUAGUAUGUUUUAUAUACAUUAAGAUUUAUACACAUGAUUAUUGAGG